AUGCUUGUCACCAAGGUUCUCCGCCAGGCUGCUGCGCACGCCGAGCGCACUCCUUCCAUUCGCUUUCUCGGCAAGCGGACUGUGCCUGCUUCCAUCGACCACUCUCCCCAGCCGCACCCCGCCUCGCCGACGCACUCUCUGCCGCCUUCCUUCACCAACAGCUCGUCCCACUCCAGCUUCAGCGCCUACCGCGACCAUGCCCAGCAGUUCGGCCCUCUGCGCAAGAGCAUCAAGGCGGACGCCGGUAUUGGGGGCGCUUCGGGCGCCUAUCUUGGAUCUAUCGUCCCACCGAAGGGUGUCUUUUUUGACCGCAACGACCUGCCGUCGCGCUUCCACCGCCAGCCCCUAACUGCGGCCGAGAUUGAGGCGAUCGAGACUGGUGGCGCGGCAGUAUUCGCCUAA